AUGGCCGCCUGGUUACUCCGUCGCGUUUCGCGUGACGUCACUUCCCUUCCACAGUGCCGCUCACGAGCCACAAGGAGCGACAUGAUGGUGGAGGGAGCGCCACAGGCCGACCCCGAGCUGCAGCGGUUCAUCGAGAGCGAGACGCAGCGGCAGCGCUUCCAGCAAGUGGUGCACAGCGUGACGGACAUGUGCUGGGAGAAAUGCAUGGACAAGCCCGGACCCAAGCUGGACAGCCGCACAGAGGUGUGCCUCGUGAACUGCGUGGGAAGAUUCAUCGACACGAGCAAAUUCGUGCUCAACCGUCUGGAGCAGAACAGCAAGGGGCGGCUGGGCAUGGGCGAGUGAAGAGGAUCCGAGGCUCCGUGCGCAUGUGUGUGCGUGCGUGUGCACACUCAAGUCACAGCACGCACAUGGGACAAGCACGUGGAUGCACGCACAGCCACACGUACACACGCACAGGCCGUUGUUGUGACGGCACGCACGCACAGGCGCUGCAUGCUAGCGAUCGUACGCAUGCAGCGCACGCACGUAUGCACGUAGACACGCGCGCACACACGCACACAGCCGUCAUGUCUCACUAAGUGGGGGUGACAUCACCAGUGCAGCAGUUGUGUCAGGCUAGGUGCACUUUGAGGCCAAGUGCAGUGUCAAAGGCGCCCGAUACACGUACUCGCACGCUCACACGACACUGGUACAGAUUCACUCGCUCGCCCGUGCACAUCUACACCGCGCUCGUUCCAAUGCGCCAGAAUCCAUCGUUGUACUGUAUACUAUGCUCCCCAUCAGCUGACAAGACCACUGGGAUUAUAUAAGCAGAGGAGAGUGCGGCCGAGGCGGUUGUCGUCAUGUACAAUCAUUCUCACGCCUUCGCUCUCAUCCCCCCCCACCACCUUCACCGCACUGAGCAGCUCGGUGAAGUCCGGUCAAACAAUCGCAACGGUCCCCUCCCCCCCCACGCCCCUUACGGCUUUGGCAGAGUCCCGGCAUCCAGAGACUGGGCCCACGAAUCGAGGCCGCGGGUGAACUUGCGUAACCGCCGGCAAAGGGCGCUGCCAUCUUCGCGGUUUGCGGGCUCCCCUCGUUUCGGCGCGGAGAGCGACGUCGUACCGAAAACCCUGCGGCGUGCCGCCGUGGAGACGGCCAUUGUCGACCACGCGGUCCGUCCACUGCCGGCGGGCGAAGGCCCUGUGCUGAAACGUCGGCUGCCGCAUGCUGGAGCCCGAUUUUGAUCGCCCGAUUGAUUAUUAAAAUGGUGUUCCGCUAAAUAUCUCGCCGCAUGACAUUUUGUGCAGUCUUUCGGUCUGCGAGCCCCGAGCAGACGUUCAUCUCGAUUUGGUUACGGUACGGUGAGACCCAUGUGUCGGAGCUAGGCCUCGGCAAGGUAGGGUAAUUUACCCUUUUUACCGGGGUAAAGGGGAAGGGUAAAGGUGUCGACAUGCCAAGGGGUAAGGUAAUGGGUAGGGUAAAUGUAGCACGGAAGAAUUACCCGGUAGGGUAAAGGUAGCGCGAAGUAUUACCCGGUGAACACCUUGUUUACCGCUCGCUAAAAGCUCCGUGGCGCAGUCCGUGGCCUCCAUUUAAAAUUGGAAUCAUCGAGAAUAUUAAAUAUGAAUAAAGCGCUCUACCUCGCAUUUACCUGUUAUACACCUUUUUCAUGUGUAGUAGUACCCCAGUUAUUACCCUGUAAUCAGGUCAUUUUUAUGGGGUAAGGGUAAAGGUAGGCUCGUUGCUUUUUGACCUGUUACCUUACCUUGCUAAUGGCAAAAGGUAAGGGUAGAGUGAUUGUUUUGUGGUAAGGUAAAAGGUAGGGUAAAGGUAGGCUCGUUGUAUUUACCUUACCUUGCCGAGGCCUAGUCGAAGCGGCUUGCAGCGAGUUUUUAUUUAUUUUUGAAUGAAAGGCACGAGCCACUUGUUUUAUUCGAUCGCGUCAUCGCUUUUGACGUCGGGGUCACGUGACUGACGGAAAACCAUGCCGCGCGAUACUCCGGUGCUUUUGCGGUGUUGUGCGCGCGUGCUCGGCAAAGUUGUCUGACGUUUCGGUCGACGUGGUCGAGAGCCGCUCUCAGGAGCGAUUCAGCUGCCGAAAGACUCGUUCGUUCGCUUUCCCGAAGAAUAUCCCCAGCACCGUGGAUCUGUGACAACCGCGCGGACCUACUCCGUAGCCUCUUAAUAUUUACACGUACCCACGCACGUACCCACGCACGUACCCAUGCACGUACCCACACACGUAUCCCACGCACGUACACACAUACCCACCCACACGUCUGUGCAUUGACAUAAAUCUCUGUUUAUUAAAAAAAAUAUAUGGAUACCCGAACUCCUA